AUGGACGUCAACAGGAGACUGGGGGUGAGGGACACUGUGCUGGCGCUCCUGCUCGCCGUGCUCCAGGGAUUUCCUCUCGGGGAAACGGCCCCGAACCCGUCACCGCUGGUUGGGUCCAACUGGGGGAACCCGAGGAGAUACAUUCACCUGCAGACGUCCACAGAUCUCAACAAUUUCUACUUGGAGAUCAGAUUAGAUGGCACUGUGCGCAGAACUACAGUCAGGAGCUCAUACAGUGUGAUUUUACUGAGGGCUGAAACAAGGGAGCGCGUCGCCAUCCUCGGCGUCAAAAGCAGCCGUUACCUGUGUAUGGAUCUGGAGGGCAACCCAUUCAGCUCCCCCAUCUGUCUCAGAGACGACUGUCUGUUCAACCACAAACUCCUGGAGAACAACCGGGACGUGUACUACUCCAGCCGGACCGGCAUCCUGUUCAACCUGGAGGGCUCCCGGCAGGUGUUCACGGCGGGCCAGAACCUGCCGCAGACCUCCCUCUUCCUGCCCAAGAAGAACACGGUGCCGCUGGAGCGCCUCCUGCUGCACCGGGAGAAGAGGAAUCAGGUUGUGGAUCCCUCCGAUCCGCACAACGUCUACCUGGGUCAGACCGAGGAGGGCUCGGACUCCCGGGCCGUGCCGGAGGACGACGCCGAUCUGGAGGUGGAGACCGAGUUGGAGGCCGGGGACGAUGGGCGCAACGUGUCCCGGGAGACGCCGCUGGCUCCGGCCACCCACGACCCCUGGAACGUGCACUCAUCCAACCCGGGCAGCCCUCGCAGCACCGGGACCAUGGGCUGAUCAUAGUGGUGGCUGAAAUGGACAAAAAAGUUUUUACAGCUGGUCUGAGAAACUCACAUUUCAAAGAGACACUGACGUUAUCGGAAGACAGAAGCCUAACUUAGCUUACCUCCGGAGGACUGAAGGCUUUGUCUACUGAUAUGUAACUGGGCAGACAUGAUUUUAAACCAAAAUAUAUAUAUAUAUGAAUAUACUUAAGAGUUGCAAUUAAUAGAGUUAAGGUUUAGGUUUUACCUUUGUUUUAAAGUCCUAUGUUUACUGACUUAGAAAUUUAUGUAUGUAUAUUUUUUGAGUUUGAACUUAUUCCAAAAAUGUUUCAAAACUACAAUCACACUAUACUACAAUUGCAGUAUUUGUUGUGUUUGUGUAUGUGCAUUUGUACAAACUAACUCCUGACUUGAAUUAAUAUAACUACAGGGUAAACAGCCUUUACAAAGUAGAAAUCUUGAUAUCAAAUCUGAACUAUUGCUAUGUGAUUUUUACAGGUGCUGGGCACCACCAGCAAACACUAAAACCAGUCCCAAAGAGUAUUUAUUUAUUUAAUUCCAUUCCUUUAUUGUUAUUUAUGGUAUUUAUGAGGAUACUUUACAGUAAAAUGUACAUAUAAGAAACCGUGGAUCUUUGAAUGUAUAAGUUGGAGUUGUGGAUAAAGUGUUUGGGACAAAUUAAACCUUAAAGAAAAUAUGUUUCGUGUGGUGUGUCUUUUAUAUGUGUGAGGAUGUUCAAGCGUUUGUGUGCUAAUUUGG